AUGGCGGUCGAACAAGCUUAUUAUAGUAAAGGUUUUCAGAAGUCAAUUGCUGACACUCAUUCUUGGAGAAAUGUUGAAAAUUCAGCCAAGUUUGUCCUUGAUGUUUUAAAGCCAAACUUCAAAUGUUUAGACGUUGGAUGUGGACCGGGGUCAAUUACAGUUGACUUUGCCAAUUACUUACCAGAAGGUUCUAUUAUUGGUGUUGAGCCAACUCCAGAAUUGAUUGAUACAGCAAAUCAAUACAAACUCAAGUAUAUUGAAACAACUGGUAAGAAGUUAGAUAAUGUUAGUUUUCAAGAUGGUUCUAUUUAUAAAUUACCAUUUGAGGAUAACACUUUUGAUUUAGUCCAUGCUCAUCAAGUAGUUCUUCAUUUACAAGACCCCACUUCAGCUCUUAUUGAGUUAAGGAGAGUCACCAAGCCAGGAGGAUUCGUCUGUGUUAAAGAUGCUGAUAUCGAUGCCUGCUUGUCUGCUCCCAAAGAAUAUAGCCGUCUUGGUGAGUACUAUAAGAUCAAGGGAAGGGCUGCCGUUUCCACUGAUAUCUUCGCUGGAAGAAAUUUGAGAGCUAAAGCAUUAAAAGCUGGAUAUGAAACUUCCAAAAUCAAGACAAGUCUGUCCCAUUGGUUCGUCGCUGACAAUAUGGAGCAUAAAAAAUUAUGGUCCAAAGCCGUUAUAGCCAGAAUUGAACUGGGUGGCGAAAGAUUAUAUCCUGAUGAUGAGAAAAAGGAGGAAGAAACUAAGCUCGAAGUGAUUAACUUGUGGAAUAAAUGGAAAGAUGACGAAUCUUCUGUAUUGUUCUUACCUAGUUUCGAGAUUACUUAUCAAAAGUAA